AUGACCAUGAUGAGAAAUAGGACUAGUGGAGGUGCAGCAGCCUCCUAUUUGCAAGGCACUAAUGAUGGUGAACUGAUGCAGACUAUGCGAGAAAUUGCUAGAGUUAUGUCUCAGAGUGAGGGUAAUGGGAUGAACUCCAUGAUCGCACUAAAGGAGUUUGGGAGGCAAAACCCUUCAGUGUUCAAUGGUGAGCCUAAUCCGACAGUGGUAGAGAACUGGAUUAGACAGAUAGAGAAGAUCCUUGAUGCCAUGGGGAUUAGAUCUAAUGGAACCAAAGUUACUUUAGAUGCCUUCCAUAAAAGUAGUGACAUGGUACAUUUUACAUAUUGGGGGCCAAACCAGUAA